AGAGCGAAUGCUCAGCUUCAUUAUAUCACUCACAAUUUGGAAAACAAUGAGUUUACAUCUACCAUGAAUUAUUUAGAGGGAAAAAUCGAUUUUAAUGGUCAAAUUCGUUGUGCAAAAUACAUGAAUUAUGGGAUCUUAAUGUCUGGUGUUGGAGCGUACAUUGCAGGAUGGUUUGCACAAGACUCGUACCUGAGCAUCAUAGUAUUUUUUAUUUUAGCUGCUGUCGUUGGAAUCAUAUGCAUUCCUGCAUGGCCCAUGUAUAAUCGAAAGCCUCUACAAUUUCAAAAGGCCAAAAAGUGAAUUAUCAACUACUUACAGAGACCUCAACGGAUUCUGGUAUCUAUUUUAUUACGAUCAUGAAUAUCAUUUUAUUGGGCUCGAUUGCUUGAUUUUCUAUGGCGCCAUCAUUUCACUUUCAUUCACCCUAUCAUCCUUCUUUUGUUUGUUUCUUUUUGCUUUUGAAAAAGGAAACCGCUUUGUUGAUCCACACUCAUUGCAUACCCACAAACUACGAUCGCAUUCAGGCUUCCUUUUUGACGGUUCUUCUGUCCGGACCGAACAGCUUUUUCCAAAAACCAUAAGAGAAUUACAUUUCUUGCAAAUUGUUCUCUUUAUAUUUGGGUGUAACCGUAGGACAGAUUUUUGAGAUACCUGCUUCGCUGUGGAGAUAUAGUGUCGAGAAAAUUUUGCUUGUUCAGUAUGCUGGAGCAAGUAAUGUGCUGCUUGGUAUAAAUAAGAUAUUCGACAAUGCUGAUCUUGUUGUUUCGAACUCAUUGUGUCUUCUAUAUAGGUCGCUUUAUACCACUAAUUCUCGCUCCUUAUCCGGUUGUCUCUGCGAAUGUGCCUGGUGUCCACCGCUAAUGGUUCAACUUAUUGGAGCAGAGAUUCUUGUGAAAGACAAAAAAAUAAAUAAACAAUAAACAAAACAAGGUACAUUCGUUUAUGAUAUGAAGACGCUCAUGAAUUUGUUCUUAAUAAACCAAACUAUUCAUAUAAGGAAAAAUUCAUUUUUUAGGAACUAGAGCGUUUAGCGGUAACAGCCAUUUAACCCUAAGCUACAAUGUGCUAAGUAUAAAUAGUAAAUUUCA